CGGGCCAUUUCGGGCCAGACAGAGAGGGGUUGAUGAGGGGAAAGUGCAGAGGGGAAACCCUAUAUAAGGUGCAUCCCAGGGACAGGCAAGGGUGUGACUGGAAAAGUUUAUCGUGGCAUCAUCAUUCUUGUCUGAGAACCAUCAUCCAUCCCAUCAGACAUCUGCUAUAGACAUCACAUCUCCGCAUAUCCACAUCUAAUAUCCAACCAUGGCCGAGGCUAAGUGUCCUUUUAGCCAAAGCAGGUCUAACGCCAACGUUGCUGGUGGAGGCACCCGCAACACUGACUGGUGGCCUGAUCAGUUGAACUUGGGCAUUCUUCGCCAGCAUGCUCCGGCAUCCAACCCUUACGAGCGGGACUUCGACUACACCGCCGCUUUCAACAGCCUCGACUACUAUGCCGUCAAGAAAGACCUUCAUGCCUUGAUGACUGACUCACAAGACUGGUGGCCUGCUGAUUUCGGUCACUAUGGCGGCCUGUUCAUCCGCAUGGCCUGGCACAGUGCCGGUACCUACCGGGUCUUCGAUGGCCGCGGUGGUGGAGGUCAGGGUCAACAACGGUUCGCUCCUCUUAACAGCUGGCCUGACAAUGCUAGCUUGGACAAGGCUCGUCGCUUGCUGUGGCCCAUCAAGCAGAAGUACGGAGCAAAGAUUUCCUGGGCGGACCUGAUGCUGCUGGCCGGCAAUGUGGCCCUGGAGUCGAUGGGCUUCAAGACAUAUGGAUUCUCCGGUGGUCGUGCAGACACAUGGGAGGCGGACGAGUCGGUCUACUGGGGAGGAGAGUCCACCUGGAUGGGUAACGACGUGCGUUACUCCGAUGGCUUCCCGGGAGUCACCAAGCAUGGUGCUCUCUCUGGGGACGAACCACCCCAUCGCAACAUUCACACCCGCGACCUGGAGAAGCCGCUGGCUGCAUCACACAUGGGUUUGAUCUACGUUAAUCCCGAGGGUCCCGAUGGCAACCCAGACCCGGUUGCCGCCGCGCGCGACAUCCGUACCACCUUCGGUCGCAUGGGAAUGAACGACGAAGAGACGGUCGCUCUGAUCGCUGGUGGCCACAGUUUUGGUAAGACACACGGUGCCGCUCCAUCUGAUAACGUCGAUGUCGAACCCGCUGCUGCUGGUCUCGAAAACCAAGGGUUGGGCUGGUCCAACCGCUACCAGUCUGGCAAAGGGCCACACGCCAUCACCAGCGGUAUCGAAGUGACCUGGACCAAGACUCCCACCAAGUGGAGCCAUGCGUUCCUCGAAUACCUGUUCCGCUUCGACUGGGAACUCACCAAGAGUCCUGCGGGCGCCAACCAGUGGCAGGCCAAGAACACCGAGGCCAUCAUUCCCGAUGCCUAUGACCCCUCCAAGAAGCACCUCCCUAAGAUGCUGACAACCGAUUUGUCGCUCCGUUACGAUCCCACCUACGAGAAGAUCUCCCGGCGCUUCUUGGAAAACCCUGACCAGUUCGCCGAUGCUUUCUCUCGCGCUUGGUUCAAGCUUCUCCACCGUGACAUGGGUCCCCGAACCCGGUACAUUGGGCCUGAGGCACCAACCGAGGAUCUGAUCUGGCAGGAUCCCAUCCCGGCUGUCAACCACACUCUGGUUGAUGCAAACGACAUUGCUGCUCUGAAGCGCACUAUCCUCGACACUGGACUGGACAAGUCCAAGUUUGUUUCCACCGCCUGGGCCUCUGCAUCGACCUUCCGCGGUACCGACAAGCGCGGUGGUGCGAACGGUGCCCGCAUCCGCCUGACACCCCAGCGCCAGUGGGAGGUCAACAACCAGCCAUGGCUGGAGGAGACCUUGUCCGCGCUCGAGAAGAUUCAGAAGGAUUUUAACGACCGGAAUUCCUCAACUGGAAAGAAGAUCUCCCUCGCCGAUCUCAUCGUCCUGGCUGGUUGCGCGGCUAUUGAAAAGGCUGCCCAAGAGGCCGGCCAAUCCAUCACCGUUCCCUUCACCCCCGGCCGCAUGGACGCCAGUCAAGAGCAGACCGAGGUGGAAUCUUUCUCUCACCUCGAGCCUGUGGCUGAUGGAUUCCGCAACUAUGGAAAGUCUUCGUCUCGGGUGCGCGCUGAACAUUAUCUCGUCGACAAGGCACACCUGUUGACGCUCACGGCGCCCGAGAUGACUGUCCUGGUGGGUGGCCUGCGCGUCCUGAACACCAACUACGAUGGAUCGAAGCAUGGUGUCUUCACCUCCACUCCUGGUCGCUUGACGAAUGAAUUCUUCACCAACGUCCUUGACAUGAACACGGCCUGGAAGGCUAAGGAUGGUGGUCGCGAUCUGUACGAGGGUACGGAUCGUAAGACGGGUCAGCCAAAGUGGACGGCGACACGGGCGGAUCUGGUCUUUGGCUCGCAUGCUGAGCUGCGCGCUCUGGCUGAGGUCUAUGGAAGCUCGGAUGGACAGGAAAAGUUUGUCAAGGACUUUGUUACCGCUUGGGAUAAGGUCAUGAAUCUGGACCGGUUUGACCUGAAGACCUCGGGUAUUGCACGCUCCAAGCUGUGAAUAGUGCUUGCAUCGGUUCAAAUUGAUUUAGUUAGCAUGAGUAAUGGAAUAGUUAAUGAAGGGCUUUCUAAAUGCAUUGUUCUUAC